AUGACGACUUCUACAGUAAUUGAAAAGAUUGAUAGACCUCCAAGAUUACCAAUUCCUCCUUUGAAAGAUACUUUAGAAAGAUUUAUUAAAAGAAUAGAACCAUUGCAAGAUGAUAAACAAAAUGCAAGAACUAAAAAAACUGUUUAUUCACCAGAAAAUUUAGAAUUAUUAGAAUCUUUACAUGAAAGAUUAAUUAAUUAUGAUAAAGAAUUAGCCAUCGAACAACCUGAAUCAUCUUAUAUCGAAAGAUUUUGGUAUGAUUCAUAUUUAGAAUAUGAUGCUUCUGUUGUUUUAAAUGUUAAUCCAUUCUUUCAAUUACAAGAUGAUCCAACAAUUGUUGAUACAUCUGCAACAGAUUCUGGUCCUUAUGGUUAUAGUACAGUUCAAGUUAAACGUGCAGCAAAAUUAACAACAUCAAUUUUAAAAUUUAUUAGAGAAUUACGUCAUGGUACAAUGAAACCUGACACAAUUAAAGGUAAACAUUUAUCAAUGGAUCAAUAUAAAAAAUUAUUUGGUUCUUCAAGAAUUCCACCAGGACCAGGUGAACAAUCAUGCCAUUUACAAACGGAUACAACAUCUCAUCAUGUUAUUGUUAUGUAUAAAUCACAAUUUUAUUGGUUUGAUGUUUUAGAUACUAAUAAUAAUCCAAUAUUUUCAACAGCUGAAGAAAUGGAAUGGAAUUUAUAUUCGAUUAUAAUGGAUGGUAAAGAAAAUACAAAAAAAAAUUCAUCAUCUAAUUUACCAUUUGGUGUUUUCACUACAGAAAGUAGACGUGUUUGGUCUAAUAUUAGAGAUUAUAUUUAUAGAAGUGAAGAUUCAAAUAAUUGGAAAAUUUUAAAAAUUAUUGAAAGUGCUUUAUUUGUAAUUUGUUUAGAUGAUGUUUCAUUUGGUGAUUCUCCAAAGGAUAAAAGAGAAUUAGCUAAAUCAUUAUUAUGUGGUACUUCAAAGAUUGAAUUGGAUUUUAAAAAGACUAAUGUUCCAUUAAAUGUUCAACAUGGUACUUGCUUAAAUAGAUGGUUUGAUAAGUUACAAUUAAUUAUUACAAGAAAUGGUAAAGCUGGUAUUAAUUUUGAACAUACUGGAUUUGAUGGUCAUACAGUACUUAGAUUAGCCAUUGAUAUUUAUACAGAUUCAAUUUUAAGUUUUGCUCGUGGUGUCUCAAAGAAUGUUCCAGAUAUUUUCCAUAAUAAGAAAGCUCAAAUAAUCAAAAAUAAUGAUGAAGAUAUUCUUUCUUCUUCACCAUCAUCAACAAAUUUAGCAAAUUUAAUCACAAUUCCAAGAAAAUUGGAAUGGAAAGCUGACAAUUUCCUAUUAUCAUCUUUACAUUUUGCAGAAACUAGAAUUUCCGAUUUAAUUUCUCAAUAUGAAUUUGUUACAUUAGAUUUUGAUAAAUUUGGUGCAGAUCAUAUUAAAUCAUUAUUUAAAUGUUCUCCUGAUGCAUUCGUUCAACAAGUUUUUCAAAUUGCUUAUUAUGCAUUAUAUGGGAAAUUUGAAACUACCUAUGAACCUGCAAUGACUAAGGGUUUUCAAAAUGGUAGAACCGAAGCUAUUAGAACAGUUACUUUAGAAUGUAAAAAAUUUGUUAAAUCUUUAUUUGAUAGAAAUGCAACUGAUGAUGAUCGUAAAACAUUUUUACAACAAGCUUGUAAACAACAUUCUACAAUUACGAGAGAAUGUUCAAUGGGUCAAGGUCAAGAUCGUCACUUGUAUGCAUUAUAUUCUGUUUGGAAUCUGUGGUAUAAGGAUUCUAUGCCAUUACCACCAAUUUUCAAUGAUAAAUCAUGGUCUAUCUUAAGUACAAAUGUUAUUAGUACAUCAAAUUGUGGUAACUCUUGUUUAAAGAAUUUUGGUUUUGGCCCUGUCACGGCAAAUGGAUUUGGUAUCGGAUAUAUUAUUAGAGAUAACUCUAUUUCAAUUGUUGUAUCAUCUAGACAUAGACAAACUCAUAGAUUUGUUUCAUUAAUUGAAAGAUCGUUCUUAGAAGUCGAUCAUAUCUUCAAUAGAGAUUUAGAUGAAAUUAUGGAUGAAGCUGCCCGUGUUACUCCAAAUCAAAGUAGUGAUUAUUUAGUAGGUAUGCAUAGAGAUACUAGAAAUGGUAUAGCGCCAGUAGCGAAGUCUAAAGAUUUAAGAUUCUUACUUGGUGGGUACGAUUACUUUGAUGUCAGUGUCUCUGGUUAA